GAUAGACUUUGUCUUUUCCUAUGCUUUCAAGAUUUUGCAUAUGUACAUUUAUCAAGAAAAAAUUUCUCACUCAAGCAAAUCAUCCAUAGCUUGGAAAUAAAUGGUUAAUGUAUAAGGGUAAGAAAUCAUUUUAAGAAAACUUUGGUAAUUUACUUAACAAUCAAAUGAGUUCGUACGUGUGAGUCAUCAUAUUAAUAUAGACAGAUAUAGUAAGACUUGCAAGCGAGAUUCAAAGCAACAAUUUUGCUUGUAUAGUGUUUUCCUCUUUCCACAAUUCAAAGCAUCAACACAUUUAAAAAGACAUCGACAAAUAGAAACUAUAAAUCUCAAAUGCCAAUUUAAAACAACAAAUAGAGAGCUCAUGAAUAUAACUAAGAUGAAAAUCUUUUAUGUCAUCCUAUAUUUUAUCAUGUAUAUUCAGAAUUCAAACUCCAUUGAUUUCGAUUAUCCGUCUGCUUUUAAUUUCGGAGAUUCCAAUUCUGAUACCGGUGAUCUCGUUGCUGGCCUUGGCAUUCGUCUUGACCUUCCGAACGGACAAAAUUCCUUCAAAACUUCAUCCCAAAGAUUCUGCGAUGGACGUCUUGUUAUAGAUUUUCUAAUGGAUGAAAUGGACCUGCCAUUUUUAAAUCCUUAUUUGGAUUCAUUAGGUCUACCAAAUUUCAAAAAAGGGUGUAACUUUGCAGCAGCAGGGUCUACCAUUCUUCCCGCAAACCCGACCUCGGUCUCUCCUUUCUCUUUUGAUCUUCAAAUCUCUCAAUUCAUCCGGUUCAAAUCUAGGGCCCUUGAACUACUUUCUAAAACAGGAAGAAAAUAUGAUAAGUACUUACCACCACUUGAUUAUUACUCAGAAGGACUAUACAUGAUUGACAUAGGCCAAAAUGAUUUAGCUGGUGCCUUCUACUCCAAGACUCUUGACCAAGUUCUUGCUUCGAUUCCUUCCAUUCUUGAAACUUUUGAAGCUGGACUCAAGAGGCUUUAUGAGGAAGGAGGCAGAAACUUUUGGAUACACAACACAGGGCCUUUAGGAUGUUUGGCUCAAAAUAUUGCCAAGUUUGGGACAGAUUCAACAAAGCUUGAUGAGUUUGGUUGUGUUAGUUCCCAUAACCAAGCAGCCAAACUCUUCAAUCUUCAACUACAUGCUCUGUCCAACAAAUUUCAAGCCCAAUUCCCUGAUUCAAGUGUUACUUACGUUGAUAUCUUCUCUAUUAAAUCUAAUCUCAUCGCUAAUUAUUCCCGAUUUGGCUUCGAAAAACCAUUAAUGGCGUGUUGUGGAGUCAGAGGGGCGCCAUUAAAUUACGAUAGCCGCAUUACUUGUGGGCAAACUAAAGUCUUAGAUGGGAUAUCAGUAACUGCCAAAGCUUGCAACGACAGUUCCGAGUACAUAAACUGGGAUGGAAUUCACUAUACCGAAGCCGCAAACCAGUUCGUCUCAUCUCAAAUCUUAACCGGGAAGUAUUCCGAUCCACCGUUUUCAGAUCAAAUGCCAUUUUUUCUAAGCUUAAAAUUUUAAACAAUGCUGUUACAUUCAUUCUUUAGUUUUCUGUUACUAAUGUAUUUACUUAUAUUGCUCAAA